AUGAGGAUCCCACACACGAUAUCGAAGAACGUUGUAGCUGCAUACAGAUGCUCGCCGGAAACCUCACUGUUACCACAGGAGCAAGGAAGGACGCUUCGGGCGGAAGACGCCUCGUGGGACGACGAUUUAAUCCCCGAUUUAAAAAUUCUUGCGCUUCGUACCAUAGUUUCGACCUGGAAAGAUAAUCCUAUUCUGGAGGAUCUGCCGACGUGCGUCGACAGGGAUGUACUGCUGGAAACACUACCGACUGAUCUACCCUUCGAAUUGACAAUAUCAAGAAUCGAGGACGAGUUUUAUUGGGAACGUGCGGCCAAGGACAGGUGGGAAUACAACGAUCCAAGUGAGCAUGGUAACUCAUGGCGGCAAUUAUAUUGCGAACGCCACUUAGCCGAGUAUCUGGAAACUUUGCAGGCGAGCUACUUCGAGUCUCAAAGAGAAGAAUGUGAGAAAUUGAUGGCUCUCGUAAAGAACCAUAUACAUAUCAUAAGGCUUCGUUCUCUCGUGCCAAUCAAAAAACAGCAAACUACGGAGAAUGAAUUAAUCCUAGAGGAAGACGUCGUGCAUCACAUUCCCAUGGCUGUUAUACUUCCACAAUUCCCGCAUCUCACCGAGAUUUAUCUCAAUUUCGGUAUGAUCUACAUGAAUGACGGUUUCGAGUGGCGAGAUUUUGAAUUUUCGUUGGAGGAUUGUUUAAGUCUGGGGGAAGGAAUUAAAGCCAGCCCGAAAUUGAAGAAAUUCAGUCUAACCCGAAGCAACUUGGAUCAGCCCCGAGUCGCUGCUAUUCUUCAAGGGAUGGUAUCGAAUGAUAAUAUCGAGGAAUUGGAUCUGUCGCAUUGCAAAUUGAUGGAUAACGGUGCACAUGCGGUGAGCCAAUUUCUGUCAAUGCACCGGAAUGUGAAGAUACUGCAUUUGGCAAAUAACAAUAUAGGACCAGAUGGAGUUGCCGGUAUCGUUUACGGAUUAAUAAAAGCUAGCUCAACAGCUCUAAAACAUUUGGAUUUGCGAUUGAAUCCUUUGGAAAGUGAAGGAGCUAAUCACAUAUGCGCUCUUCUGGUAAGAAAUAAAACUUUGGAAACAUUGAAUAUCAGUGGCUGCGAAUUGGGUCCGGAAGACGGUAUAGCGUUGGCCGAGGUACUCUCUUCCGGUUGCGUGGAACUCGAAGCCUUAUCUCUUGAUGUAUCAAACAAUAAUUUUGGAUUUACCGAAAUUACAGAUGAGCAAGAGAAGAUAAAAUCAAUCCUCAAAAUUCAACAUUCAAGUGGCCUCGUCUAUUAG